AUCAUCCACGCCUAGAGUCGACUACUCCCUUGCUUCUCCGGCAGCACCAAGAAACUCGCACCUCAGUUUCGAAUCUUAACAAACUAACCAAUAAGUUCUUACAAUCAUGACCAUUCCGCCUGGACUUACCCGCUUCGUCAGUCCUCUCAUCCCUGGUGGACAGAUCCCAGUGGUCCCGAUAAGCCUUACAUGCCAAGGCAUCGUUUGAUUCGAUCACAAGAUAUCCCGCCCGUCGAUCAUGUGCCCGGAAGUGGUACAAAGAGGUGUCAGUGGUCCGUUAUACGCCUCAUUCCGAAUUGUUUUUCUCUUUGCAACUGAGAGGAAUAAGAUAAAUAUGCCGGAGGAUUCGGAUGUGGUUUUUCUGUCUUUCUACGGAACUGUUCGGUGUUGUUGAUGAAGAUGCGGCUGAGAUAUGUACUUCCUUUUGUCACCGUUUGGAUACUGCGGACUUGUGAGGGAUAUGUGGCGCAGCAGGUGCCUAUGAGGGAGGACGGGAGGUGUACGAGGACUACAGUGGCUAUCUUAGGGGGUGGAGUAACAGGGAUUACCGCUGCUCAAGCGAUGGCAAAUGCAUCCAUUGAUGAUUUUAUUAUUCUCGAGUAUAGAGAUCGACUUGGGGGUAGAUUGAGACUUGAAGAGUUUGGAGAAGAUGAGAAUGGGAAUCCGUAUGUGGUAGAGCUGGGGGCGAACUGGGUACAUGGAGUUGGGAUGGGUGUAAGAGAGAACCCUAUUUGGCAACUGGCCAGAAAGCACAACUUGACAGUCACACAUUCCAACUACAGCUCGAUACGCACCUACAACGAAACCGGCUUCACCGACUAUCGACAUCUCCAGCGCGAGUAUGCCGCGGCCUACCGCACCGCCUCUAGAGAAGCAGGACGCAUCAUGACCGAGAACCUGCAGGAUCAGACGGCGCGGACUGGCCUCGCACUGGCUGGAUGGCGGCCACGGAAAGAUGAUUCGGCAGCGCAAGCGGUGGAAUGGUGGAAUUGGGACUGGGAAUCCGCCCAAACACCUGAUACCAGCUCGUUGGUCUUCGGCCUCGCCGCCGAGAAUAUCACCUUCCAACAGUUCGGAGCACGGAACGAAUUGGUCAUCGAUCCCCGCGGCUACAGCGCCAUAAUCAACGGCGAGGCCGCAACCUUUCUAUAUAGCGAGAAUGGCGAUCCGAGGAUGGACCCUCGCGUCCGGCUGCAGACACAAGUCACCGAGAUCGAGUACUCCGACAAAGGCGUCACGAUCCGCAACAGCGACGGUAGCUGUGUAGAAGCAGCGUACGCCAUCUGCACAUUCUCUCUUGGUGUUCUGCAGAACCACGCAGUCAACUUCCGUCCUGCACUACCCGGGUGGAAACAAACCGCCAUCCACAAGUACACCAUGGGCACGUAUACCAAGAUCUUUAUGCAGUUCGAGGAGAUGUUCUGGCCGGACGAUACGCAGUUCUUUUUGUAUGCGUCGCCGACGACAAGAGGGUACUUUCCCGUGUUCCAGUCUCUGUCGAUGGAGGGGUUCCUUCCCGGGUCGAAUAUCCUGUUCGUGACGGUUGUAGAUGCAGAAGCCUAUCGGGUGGAGAGGCAAUCCGAUGCGGAAACGCAAGCCGAGAUCCUCGAUGUCCUCCGGCAGAUGUUCCCCGACAGGCACAUUCCCGAACCGAAAGGGUUCUUCUACCCGCGCUGGUCGGAAGAGCCUUGGGCGUACGGCAGCUACUCCAACUGGCCGGUUGGUACGACGCUGGAGAUCCAUCAGAACCUGAGAGCGAAUGUACAGCGGCUGUGGUUUGCUGGUGAGGCGACGUCUUCGGCGUAUUUCGGAUUUGCGCAUGGGGCUUGGUACGAGGGGAAAGAAGUCGGAGAGCAUGUGGCUGCUCUACUGCAGGGUAAAUGUGUUACGUUGCAGGGGCAGAAGGCUUGUGGAGAGAGGAGGCAUUACGAGGUGCUGCAUGGGACGACACCCUUGGAGUCAUAUAAUGCGAUCAAUGGGUGGCCAGUGAGUAGCAUUGAGCUGUAGCCUGUAGAUUCACUGGUUUAUUUGUUUCAGGGAAGACGG